UGCGUUCAACGGCACGUUUUUUUAUUUCCACUCCGUUGUGUCCAACAAGCUCUUCCCUCCCCUAAUCACACUCGCCCUGAACCCCCAGCCGGCCAUUACACCUCCAGUGAGUGUCUCCUCAGUUCGCGCUUCCUCUCUUUCUUUUCCUCAGUUGAACACUCACUUGAACACUCCGUCCCUUGUCGCCUCUCUUUUUCGCUAACAGAUACCUCCUCCCCUCUUUCUUCUUCGCAUUCAUUACUAGUCUUGCUCUCCCCUCACCGCUCUUUCCUCACCAGCCCCUUCGCUCCUUCGCCCCUCACACAACAACUCCUCUGAACCACGACCGUUUGAGCAGAAAACACCCGAGUUACACCAUCCAAGACCACAACACCCUCAUCAUACAGCACCAUGUUUGCCUCUUCCACAGCAACACAUUCGCCCAUACACCGUGCCUUGCCCCAGGCCUAUGCCGAGAUCCUGAACGACCUGAAUCAAAAGGUGAUCUCUGCCCAGCCUCAGGACGUCCUUCAGUUCUGUGCCAACUACUUUAGCCAGAAGCUGGAGGAGCAGCGCAUCCGAUUCCUUGCCGCAGCCCGGAAUGCUCCUCAAGCAAACCGAGAGAUCCCUCAGUUCUUGCCUGCGCUGAUCCCGCCUACGCUGUCGGUAUCUUCGCCCAAGGGUCUCGCCUCCACCCCCACCGUCUCCAGCCCAGAUCACUCCAUGGAGAGUGAUAGCGACAGUGACUCUGACGAUGAAGAUGACGAGGCCCAUGAGGAUCCCAGUCCAUUGCUGUCCAUGCCUGCAAACUACAUGCGCGGCAGACGUACCUCUGUGAGCGCAGAGAGUAUGGUUCCCAGCCAUCAAAACUAUGUCAAGACGGUGAUUCCCAAAACUCCAGAGCAGCGCAAGCGCAUCGAGCUCUCAAUCGCCAGCAAUUUUCUCUUCAAAAACUUGGACGAGGAUCAGCACGAGGAUGUCGUCAAUGCAAUGGCUGAGAAGCGAUUCAGGAGCAGAGAGAGUGUGAUCGAGCAAGGAGCAGUUGGCGACUACUUUUACGUAGUCGAGACUGGAACGCUGGAUGUCUUUGUCGCCAAGAACGGGAACCCCUCCGAGAAGGUGUUUGAGUACGGUCCAGGAGGCAGCUUUGGAGAGUUGGCACUCAUGUACAAUGGCCCCCGUGCUGCGACGGUGACGACGACAUCGGAUGUGGUCCUCUGGGCGCUCGACAGAAUCACGUUCAGACGCAUUUUGAUGGAGAACACAUCUAGGAAACGUCGCAUGUACGAAGCCUUCUUGGAGACCGUUCCGUUGCUUGUGUCCCUGGAGCCCUACGAGCGCCAUAAAAUCGCAGACGCUCUCGAGUCCGUCUACUUUGAGGACGGUCAGACGGUGGUCUGCCAGGGCGAUCAGGGCGACAACUUUUUCAUCAUCGAGUCAGGAGAGGCAACCGUGACAAAGUACAGCGAGGAAGGCGAAGAAUUUCCUAUGCCUGGUCUGGGACCUGGUCAAUAUUUUGGAGAGCUGGCGCUGUUGAAUGAAAUGCCUCGUGCAGCGACAGUCAAAGCACAAGGCCGACUCAAGUGCGCGACUCUUGGCAAGCGUGCCUUUGUUAGGUUACUCGGCCCUGUGGUCGAGAUCAUCAAGCGUAACAGUGUCAACUACCAGACGAUCGAGCAGCAGAUCCAGCAGCACCAGCAGCAACUUGUCCCUGUUUCCUCUGCUGCGGCCUCCGCAAGCGCAUCUCCAGCAUCCACUUCUCCAGUACUAACACCGGCACCUGCACCACUCCUCCCUGCAUCGGCCUCACCUCUUCAUCCAACGCUGCAGUUGAGCAAUAUCUAAGAGUGCUCCAGAUGCAAAGACGAUGGAAGAAUAGGGACGAGCACCUCAUGGCUUAUUAAUGAUGGAUGGCACCAAUUCACGCAUUUACACUUAAAAAAAAAAAAAAAGUGAAAAAGUGAAAAAGAAAAAAAAAAUCAUGGCAUUUUCAAGAACAUCCAAACCCAUUUAUCACCAAAAAGAACGACUAUCCAAGAAGAUAAAAAGGGGGCCAAAGAAGGCCAGGAACGCAUAUAUUUUCAUACAUCGAGA